CCCCCCAAGUACCAGUAAGAAGGUGAGCUGAAGGUUGGAGAUAAGACAGAGAGAAGAGGCAGGCAAAAGGGAGACAAAGAAAAUGAUGCAAGACGAGAUCCGAAAGGGUCCAUGGACAGAAAAGGAGGACAUACUACUGAUCAACUUUGUGCACUUAUUUGGAGAUCGACGAUGGGAUUUUAUAGCGAAAGUAUCAGGUUUGAAGGUGGCGGGAGACACGUAAUAGGUUUGAACAGGACAGGAAAAAGUUGCAGGUUGCGAUGGGUUAAUUAUCUCCACCCUGGUCUUAAAAGAGGGAAAAUGACACCUCAGGAAGAAAGACUUGUGCUGGAACUUCACGCCAAAUGGGGAAAUAGAUGGUCAAGAAUUGCUCGCAAAUUACCUGGACGUACUGAUAAUGAAAUAAAGAACUAUUGGAGGACUCAUAUGCGCAAGAAGGCUCAAGAGAGGAAAAGGGCCAUGUCCCCUUCACUAUCAUCUUCAAACUGUUCCUCUUCAUCCAAUACCACUACAGUGAAUUCAUCACCUCUUCCACGAACUGGAGAAACAAGUUUCUAUGACACAGGAGGGCUCGAACAAGUUGUUUUAGCAGGAAAAAAUGGCGAGGCAGUGCAAGGAGGUGAGAAGGGAUACUCGAUGGAUGACAUAUGGAAAGACAUUGAAAACACUAUUGAACCAGUUUGCGAUGGGUUUAGUGAAAAAGGUUGCAAUUGUUAUUGUCCUUCGUUGGCUUCGCCGUCAUGGGACUAUUGUCCAGACACCCUUUGGAGUUUCGGUGAAGAAGAGGGCAAGAUAUUUCUCCCUUACGACGAUGGGACAACGAUUUUGACUGGCUAAUCAGAAAUUCUUUAUUUAAAUUUGUUAAUAUAUGUGAUAUUUCUCCGAGGAAACUCUAAUCCUGUAUAGCAUGAGUUUUCUCUAAGCUUUAUGUGUAAUCAUCUUAUGCAUCCUGUCCCAGUGUUUUGUGUGUUUUCACUUUUCUGAUAGGAAGGGAUAACCUUAUUAGCGGAUCUUCUAUGUGCAGAUUGUAAUGUUCAGCAAUGUAUAAUAGACCUUUAAGCAUCAAUUUCGAAAUCAAGUUUCUACUACG